AUGAAAUCGCGAGAUUGCAUGUCGAACAAGAGCUACAAAGUCAAAAAAGGGUCACGCACAGACAUCUCGAUCCCAGUUAUCACCAUCGUUGAGCCCGUACAAAAUAGUACAAGCAGCCUAAUCGACCAAAACGUCAUACUGCCACAGAAACACAUAGAGAACCAUACAGAUCAUGAAUCUAUCCUUCUACCUGAAAUUAUCAAUCUUCACCACGAUUUGGGUUGCCUGAUGAUCGACGCAGAUGGUGAAUAUCAAGCGACCUAUGCUGGCGAAUUUGGACAGUUAAGUGACUCAUGGCUCUACUCUCUGCACAGCAUAGUGGCACUAUGCGUGAUAUGUGAUCCCUCCCACAAUGGGAUGCGCAGCAGUCAACAGGCACAUGAAUCAUUAGAGAUUGCAAAAAAACUUGUACCGCAGGUUUGCGACAAAGCUGCCUUGGACAGUUUGCGCGCAUUGAUAGUGUUGUCUUUGGCCUUUCAGUCAAAUGCAUUUACGAAUUCUGCUUAUCUUCACGUUGGUCUUGCUGUCCUCAUUGCUUUCUCUCUUGAUCACGAUGUUUCUCUUGCGUUGGGUAAGCCUUGCACGAUGUCUUCUUCAAUCAAUCUUGGUUGGGCUCCACCACUGCCAUCAGAAACCCUCACGCAAAGAAUCCGACAUGUUCUCUAUGAUAGUACUGUUCAUGGGGGUCAGGAGUUGUCGGAUGUUAAUUUUAACGACAAUAUGGCAGCCUUGAGAGAAUGGUUGGCGCAAGUGCCACUACAUCUUCAACCUUCAACAUUAGUACCACUCCCCCACCGCAGACCAAUUUUUCUACUUCAUCUUUGCUAUUGGAGCGCAAUUAUGCUUAUUACUAAGCCAUUCCUCCUUCGAAACCUCUUAGAAGAUGGUUACCAAUUCCGCGUAAAGCAGUGUCUUAAAAUCCUACUGGCAAUUAGUGUAUCUGGCUACCCAAAGCAGCUGCUUCCCGAACCACUGUAUCAGUUACAGCAGGGUGGACUUGCUGAAGACGUUGGAGAUGGUAAUUCUAUGUUACCCCAACAUUUGCAAGCUCACCAGGAAGUUGAAGAAGCCCUGAGAGAUGAUUUAAUAGACUAUGCUGCUGACCAAGUUACAACCGAGCAGCUAAACGAACUGGACAUGUCUGAUAAUGCUAUCGAUAUUGGAUUCUGGGGCGAUCUUCUGGAGAUCUCAGCUAGCGUUCCCUUUGAAAAGUGUUGA